AUUUAUGUGUAUUAUAAUUUUGUAUUAUAAAUAAUUGUAUUGAUUUUUUCUUUUAUUGUUUUUGUUUAAAUGUGAUUUAGUAAUGCUAAAGGUCUGGAAUAGACCUUAUAAUGUGAUUCUAAAGUGUUUGAGAGGUUUAGAACAUAAUUUAUUCAACGAAUUGCAGUCAUUUGGAUUUGAUAGAGGUUCACUAAUAAAAGCUAAUAGUAGAGUCACUGUUCUCGAUUGUAACUUAAAACAUCUUUACUUUUUAUCUUAUUUUUCCAGAUUAUCUUCUCGUGUUUAUUUCGAGGUUGGAAAGUUACCUUUAUUUGAAAAAACUUCUUUAUUUAACAGCUGUGACUCAAUUUCAUGGUCAGAUUUUCUCGGAUCCGAUAACAGUUACUUGGUAAAUUGUGACUCUCUAAUCACUAAUAAUUAUAUAAACUCGAAGAAAUACUCUUGCCAAUUACUUAAGGAUGGAAUUAAUAACCAUUUUUCAAAUAAUUUGAGGUUGGAACCACCAAAACUAGAUUUGAACGAGCCUCAAAUUAAACUUGAAAUUGACGUAGAUAAAGACUGUAUCGCAACUGUUAUGGUUGAUUCUGUAGGAUCGCCUAUCUCCAGUAGAAAUUACAGGUUUAAACCUAACAUUGGAGAUAUAGACCCAACCAUGGCCUGUUCCAUACUGUACGAUAUUGGUUACUCUUCAUUUUCUAAUCCUCCAUUCACAUUUCCAGAAUAUGAACAACUCUGUAAUUCUAACAAUUCUAGUGAUUCAGAUUCUAAUUCUCAAUCUGAACAACAAUUUACACAAUCAUCACAAUCAUCACAAUCAUCACAAUCAUCACAAUUAUCACAAUCAUCACAAUUAUCACAAUCAUCACAAUCGUCACAAUCCUCUGAACAUUUGAAUAAAAAUUCGAUAGUUGAUUUAUUUUCUGGAUCAGGCGUAUUUCUAAUUGAGUCGGCAUUAUAUUCAGCCAAAAUCCCACCUGGUUAUUUUAGGCGUAGAUUUUCAUUUCAAAACUUCCCAGUCUUUGAUGAAAAUGCAUUCAAAACCUUAAAAAAAUACACCGACUCUAAAAAAAUAAACUCAUCAUCUGAAGAAUGGAAUAAUCUUAAAGGUAAAUUCAUAGGUAUAGAGAGAGAUUGGGAAAAGCUUGAUGCAUCAUUACGCUCAUCUGAAAAGGCAGGAAUUCUUGACCUGAUGUCCUUUAACCAGGCUGAAUAUCUUAAGGAUGGCAUUUAUGACGCUAAGAAAUCCAGCGAUUCUAAUUAUUGGAACUAUAUGGUAGCACAAUUACCUCAAAUGAGAAACGUAACCCACCAAAUCCAAAAUAAUCAAUUUUCCAACAGAUAUUCCCCAAUAAUCCCCAAGGAACUGAGGAAAUUAAGUCCUGAAAGAUAUUCUACACUGUUGAAAUCACUUUCAAGGGUCAAGAAUAAGCAUUUUCCAGCAAAUUCCAAGGGCGUUUUAAUACUUCCCUCUUUCAUGGAUAAGGACCAGGUUCAAGAAUCCUUCAGCUGCAAAUUAAGUGUCGGAAAGUCAUUUAAUAAGGAUGGGAUAUGUAAUACAACAUAUUAUACAGAUUAAGUUCUAGUAUUAACUGUGGAACACUGUACACUUGUCUUGGGCCACCUAGUCCAAAUCACCUUAGCAGUGUGUUUAUCCUCAUCGGCACAUGUUCCAACGAUAGUCGCGUCAAUUUCUGGUGAAAUUAAACUUGUUUCAGGGUUAAAAUCAAUGUUUUUAACAAUUGAAACCUUCUGUAACGGGCCCUUAGUCUCCUUUCCAUUAUAGUGGAAUAGAGUCAGGGUGCUCAAAUCCUCACCUUGACUUUCUAAUGUAAUGUAGUAUUAGAA